GAAUCAGAACAAACGGAAGUCAUGUAUUGACUGUUUCUGUUUCUUAUGCAGCUUUCAGUGUGACAUCUUUUUUAAAGAUUUUCGUUGUAGUUAUGGGCGACAGUAUUCCAGUAAAAAUAUGUAAAUUCUAAAGACAUUCUAUUGGCUCUUUGUGUUUCUUAUGUAGUUUGCGGCGACAUUCUGAAACACUUUUCUUCAGUGUGGCAUCUUUUUUGGAGCGUGGGCUCUGAUAGUAUGCGACGACAUUAAAAAUGCGUUAGCUUCCCUGGACCCCAGCUGUUCUGGUAACUCACUUCACUCGCACUAAAAUCUCAAAAUCUCUCACUAUGCCACUUUCAUUUUUUGCAACGUCGAUAAUUUCUAGCGCUGUCUAACAGCGUGACGUCAAUAACACAUAACGUCGAUAUCCUAUAUUAAGUAAGUAAACAUUUAUUUACCUAAGAAAUGACAAUUUACAUUACUAAAAGAAUAAAUUAGCAAUUAGGAAGGAGACUUUCCCGAUAGCCAAGGCUAAACAAAGGAGAAAGCCACCAAGAAAAAUGUGAAAUAUUUUCAUAUGUCAGUAAAUGCUGUAAGUUUACAAAGAUUAAAAUGAAAAAGCAUUAUUGAUUAUAAUUAGUAUAAAUGAAAAUUCAGUACCAUAUAGUCAAAUAGAAAAAAGUAAUGAGACAAAAUAAUGAAGAGGAAAGCUAGUUGAUGUAUUGACUCAUGUAGAAACUUGUAGCUAGGGAUUUGAUUGUGCUUAAUUUACAGUUUGUGAGGUUAGUAUCAGGAUAAUUUCUUUGCAGAUUGUUCCACUGUAAUGUGGAGAUUUUAGAGAAUGAAAAAGAUCCAAACGUCGAUGUGUUAACUGUUGGUUCAAUAAGCAAACCAAUUGUGUUACAUCUAGUUUCAUGAGAGUGUGAGAUUCGAUCAAAUUUGAGUGAGGUAAGUGUGUUAGAUGGGAGGUUAGAGUUUAGGAAUUUGUGGAUAAAUUGAAUGUUAAGGACUUUAACUAGGUCGAAGAAUUUAAGAAUUCCAAGUUCUGCAAAUAUAGGCAAAGAUGGGGAUUAAAUUAAUGAAGCCAUUACAGUGCACUUUAAACUUUGAGGCCAAAUAACUUGGAAACAAAAAAAUUUAAAACGAGGUAUUUUUUUCUCCCAAGGGCCUUAAUCGACUAGUCCACUUAAAAUUUUAUGAACUUCAUAUUCAACUUGUUGCAAAAUUAAAUAAGCAAAUCAAAAUAUAUCAAAACACGCGCGCUACCAUAAUGGCAGCCAAAAACUUCAUUUGUAAAAUCAGAUGAAGAGGACGUAGCUAAGGAAGAUAAAACAUGGAAGUAGCUAGCUAGUCUAGUCUUUAACUAUGCUUUAAUAAAUUAUAUCUCAAGAAAGUAGUGCCCUAGACCUUUAUAAAUUUGAUUGUGCAAAAUAAAUAGAACUUAUUUUGUGCGCAGCUUUGAUUUUAUUAAGUGUUCAUGUAUAACCCACCAUGGGUUAAUAGGUUUCGAUUGUUUCUUGAAUUUGUAGCUAUAUACAGAGUUUCCACCGAUUCAGUGAAAUCAGGGAAAGUCAGGGAAUUUUAUCUGUGUUUAAGGAAAGUCAGGAAAAAAGACCCAUUUUGGGGGAAAGUCAGGGAAAAGUCAGGGAAUUUUUUGUCUUUUAAGUUGACUUAGACUGAUAGCUCUUCUUAAUAAUUGUUUUGAUAAUUACUGACAGGCUCUGUUAGUCAUUCAGUGGAACUAACAUACUCUUGACCAUUUUAUGUAGUAUAUGAAUUAAAGCUCUUGUAAGUUACACUGCGACAAAUACGGUUAAACGGUUUUAGUUAAUUUGUUUUUCUGCUUGGGUGUAGAAUUUCUUGAAAAAGUCAGGGAAAGUCAGGAAAUUUGACCUCAAAAUGUCAGGGAAAGUCAGGAAAUUUGAUGCCAUAUUUUUGGUGAAACCCUGUAUAUAGGUAUUUAUUCUGACAUGAGACAUUAUGCAGUCUAUUGCUACAAAAUGUGUUAGUUGCUGUGAUAUGAUAUCUUUUACGGUAUAAGAAAUAUAUAUCUUGAGAUUGGAAUGAGUGAUUUACCAAGACCUGUAGAGAAACUCCUACGAAGCUUUUAAACUUCACUGUAUUUAGCAAUGAAUUUGUUGAAAAGUGCUUGUAUUGCUUAAAUAAUAUCAAUUUUGGUUAUAAACUGUUCUUAAUCUUCCAUAUGAAGCCUAAACUUUGCUGUCUUUUGUUUAAAAAAUGUUAAACAUCCUCUUUUCUUUCCGCGAUUCCAUUUGUCUUCUCUUUCUUACAAAAUAAAUCUACAAAAACAUUUGAAAAAGGACAUGGUAUGUAAAUGAAGUAUAGCAACGUUUUGAUGAUAUUAUUGAUGCAAGACAUGUUUGUUAGCUAGCAUCAUAAAGCCAACCACACCAACAACAACCUAUUAGCUAGCUAGCUCGGAAUUUAUAAAUAUGUAGCCAUGUUCUUUAUACCUAGCUAAGUCUCCAGUUUAUAUUCAACUGAGCAGCUAUAGCUGCUGUAGCUAGCUUAUGUUAGCUUCAAACUUGACAUUCCAAGUACCUAGCUAACUUGUGAUUUUUAUGUUGCUUUUUACAUGUAAGAGCUACCGUAGUUAUCUUAGUGGUCUUUGCUAAGAAUGUGGCUGUAACUUAUUUCACUUGACAUUUUAAGCUUAGAUUAACAAGCCACAACAACUUUUAAAAAAGAAUAGUUUAAGGACUGUUUUUAAGCAAAUAAUGUAUUUUUCACAUUUUGUGUAUGCAAAUAAUGUAUUUUUCACAUUUUGUGUAACUAAACUUAUAUAUAGAUCGGUUACAUGCAAUAUGAGAAAACUAUUUUUAUUUAAAAUGUAGUAAUGGUACCUUAAGUGUAGUGAUUUUUGUUGUUCUAGAUGUUCUGACUAAAAUGUUUUUGUUUAUGACAAUUUGUCUUAUUUAAGAAAACUUUUUUGAGGGAGUACAACACCGAAAAGACCUGUGUUUUUUAUAUAAUUCUUAUUUGACAGAUGUUUUUGACAUUAUGGGGAAACUUUACGUAGCUUUUUCACAUUUUUGAUUUUGUUGCAGUAUUGACAUGGGUUGUUUAUUAUAUAUUUAUAAUUAUUUUUUUUUGGGAAAGGCAAUGGAAGGAUUCACAUUUUUUACCCUAAAUAUAAAAAAUGUACAUGAAAGGCUGGGGUAAAUUUUCAUUUAUAUAUAUAAAUACAUAAUGUAUAUAAUAUAUACAAACUGUUCUGUGUUUUUUGAAAUGUUAUGUGUUAGAAUCAUGCAAUAUACCGAAAGAAUUAAUUUUUGUAGAAUUUUACUUUACACCUUGCAAGGCAUUCCAGUUUUUAUAUUAAAAUGAGAAAUUCAAUUGAUAUUAUAUAUACAAAAUGUAAAAUUCCCACAAAAUUCAUCAAAAGUUAUUAACCCUGAAAAUUUUAAACAUUUUCCUGGUUCUUUUUUUUGACUUGCGAAGUUCUUUUUCUGCAAAGAUUUCUAAAAAUAAAGUACAGAAAUACUUAUUUUUAAAAUGUAAAUUUAUUUUCUUCCAAAUUAUGGUUUUGACAUAUUCAUGUAAGAGUUUGUGGGCAAAGACAUAAAUCAGCAUGCUAAAAAACUGACGUUUGUUGACGUAGAAUUACUAAACACAACCGUUUUUUACAUUUUGUGUAAACUUUUGUGCAUAUACACCAAAAGAGUUAGCUACUUUGUUGAUUUUGGUUUUAUACUCUUUGUAAGCUAUUGUUUUCUUCUUUUUGACAUUCUGGAUUAACUUAUUGUUGUAGAAGGCAUAUACAAUAUGCAUAUAAAAAAAUUGGAAUUUUGCAAAUUUCUGUUUUACCACUCAAUUUUCACAUUUUAUAUAAAUUCUUCGGGACAGGAUGGUAUGAAAUAGACCAAAAUACCUGAUCUUAGUUGUUUUUAAUAUACAGGCUGUGCCUUGUGAAACUUUAAGGUGAAGAUUUUGUGUAAGAAAAUGGCAUGACAUAUACUAAUAGAACUGAUUUUUGUUGUUUUAGAUGUUAUAACUAAAACUUUAUAUAUAUAUAUAUUUAUGUUAGAUGUUUUAUAAAAUAAAAGAUAUCCAAUAACAAAGAAUAAAGUGUAUAUAUAUAUAAUAUGUCAACUACGUUGGUUAAAGCUCUAGGCUAAUAGUAACCAAUGCUAGUGCUAGUGUAGCUAGCUUAAUAUAAAAUCCAAAUUAAUCCAAUAGGUAUAAAUUAAAUGCCAUUUUCUAGUCAUUUAACCAAAAGUUCAUAAUUUGCCUAUUUGACAAGUUAAUUUGACAAUUAAUGAAGCUAAACAAACUAAAUGUGCAUCACUUUGCUGGAAAAUUAAAAUUAUCUCUAAACUAACCCCGUUUUCCAUGUUAGUAUGUCUCUUCUGGCCGUGUAUUUUGUGGAAUGAAAAUGGAUAUUGAAAUAGGUCUUUUGUUAAAAUUGUAUUUAAUAAACAAAAAUGAAAAGAAUGUUUCGUAGUUUUUACUGAAAUUCUGAAACAAUCUCCAACUUACAUCUUACAUAAGAAAAUUAAAGGGCAUGCCUUGACAAAAACUUCAUUGUUUCAGAGAUAAUUUAUCAUUUUGUAUGUAUUAAACAAUGGGUGUAAAAAUAGAAUACAUAUAACACUACCAAAAUCUUAUUUGAAAGUGAUAUAUAUACUGCAUAAAAUUCUAUAGUUUUCAGGCCUUUUCAGGAAAAUUUUAAUACGUGUGUGCCAAAAAGCACGCCUCAAGUUUUUUAGGUGUGUUUUUGGGUGUGCUGCACUGGUUAACUUCUUAUAAAAUUUGUCAUUUUGCAGGUGCUAUCAAUUGCUCAAAUCUAAGUAUUAUUUGCUUAUAAAAUCUGUUCUUUAGUUGUUCUGUCUCUAGUGGUGAAAUUAUUUUUGUAUUUUUUUUAGUAAAUUCAACAUGUUAAGAAGUACUAGAUCAUCAAGAAGGGACAGGACUUCAGACUUUGAAGACGCCAAAACCUGGAUACUAAACCAACAAGACAGACCAGAGUUAUUUGUGGCCUAUAUUAAUGAAGAUAUUGGAAAGGGUGUGUUCACUAAAGAAAGAAUUCCCAAGAAUACAUUUUUAGUGGAGUAUGCAGGGGAAAUAAUAACAAAAAAAGAAGGAGAAAUUAGAGAAACUAAUUAUGAAAAGGAGGGUUGUUUCCUGUACUUCUUUGAGGAUAAUUUCCAAAAAUAUUGUAUCGAUGCUACAAAUUCCCAAAACAGAAUUGGUAGAUAUGUGAAUGACUCUCCAAAAGGAAACUGCAGGGUUAAAAAAAUCCAUCUUAAUGAUCGAAUACACCUUUGUUUGUAUUCAAAUCAAGAAAUCCCAUCUGGAACUGAACUCAGAUAUGACUACUGUGCUCCGAACUUGUGGUGGCGUCAGCAGAAUAAAAAGACGAAAAUGCCAUAUACAGUUGCUGAUUUAAAAGAUGCAGAAAUUCAUGAAAAGUUGCCUGAUAUCUCUAAGUAUGAAGUUUUUGAUUUGAACAUGUCAAUAAACCUGUCACACAAAAUUGAUGAAGGAAUGUCUGCCGUUGUUUAUAAAUUGCUACAACAAAAAAGAUGUGCUGCUGUCAAGUGUUUUAAACAAAAAGUAACCAAGAAGAAUUUAAUCAGUAUAGCUGAACAGUUACGUAAAUUGAAGCAUGAGAAUAUUGUACAAUUUCUGGGCUAUAGUGUUCAACCAUCUGCUUUUCUUUUUGAAUUUUGUGAAGUAUGUCUUGAAGGUGAGAAAGUAAACAAUUUGCGUCAGUUAUUAUCAGUACAUAAUAGCAAUGACAAUUUUGUCCUUGAUGAAAGAUUAAAUUACAUCCAGCAAGCUACGAGGGGACUGAUUUUUUUGCAUGAAAAUAACAUAGUGCACCGGAAUUUUAAACCUACCAAUCUACUAGUGACUAACAAAAAUAAACAUGUUCAAAUAAAAAUUACAGACUUUGAUGAAAUGGUUAUCUUGCAACAAACUAUCACAAGCACCAUCACUUUUAAUAAUCUUAGAGGCAUGACCCUUGCCUAUACAGCACCUGAAUUGUGUUCCAGAGCUGCAAAAAAGCCAUCAAAAGCAACAGAUACUUAUUCCUUGGCUAUUUCGUGCUAUGAAAUAAUGUCUGAUCUUCAUUCUCCGUGGCAAGAUGUUUUACCUUUGCUGAACGAUGAAUUGCUUUUACAAGCUCUAAAAGAUGAUUUAAGACCAGAUAUUAGCCAUGUAUCAAAAUUGUACAAUUUACCGCAUUGUGAAUUAGUCCUGGAUCUUAUAUCGAAAGCUUGGAGUCCUGAAUUUGUGGAAAGACCAAGUGCUUUAGAGUGUCUGAAUCUAUUUACUGAUAUGAGAAAUUCACUGGAAAGUGAGUUAACAGAGGAUACAAAAAGACAAUUGUUGCAUAUUCCGCGUAUGAAAUCAGGAAGUGAGGCAGGGGAUGUUGAAGUGAUAAAGAAUAAUAAUAAGGCUGCUGAAGAAGGAAUUGUCCCAUGUAGUCCACUGCAGAGUAAUCAAUCGUCACCAAGGGAUACAAAAUUGGUGAGCGAAGUUCUUGAAUCUGUUCAAAAAAUCUCUCCGGUUAUGCAAAAUGUGAAGAGUUACAUGGCAGAUUUUAAAAUUACUCAGCGAAGUGAGGAUUGUGGCAAUUAUGUCAAAAAUUCUCUUGAUUUCGAUGAUUCUGACGAUUCCACCAAUAACGAGAUGGCUCCUGGAAUUCCUAUAUCAGACAUAAUUAGAAAUAUCUAUGAUAAACACAAGAUGACUGCGGAUCCAUCAAAAAACAUGAAUUGUCAAAAGUCAAUUUCCAAUGACUCUGCUCUUUUGAUUGACGCUGACCUGUCUGUUCUAAACACAGACUCAGAAAAUGAAGACAGUGCUAAUGAAGAGAUUAACAAGGAAUUAAAUAAAGACCUUCUACCCUCCAUAUCCAAUGUCGCUAAUCUAAAUGCUAAGACAAUUACCUUGAACUCUUGUGAAAAGAAACCCCUAACGAAAAAUCAAGCAACACAGAGAAAGAAAGGGAAAGCGUCCGAAAGACCCGGAAGAAUUUGCAUUUUUUGUAGGAGAAUGCAGACUCACACUAAACUCUCAAGGCACAUAAGGCUUUGUCAUGAACUGGAGCCAAGGGUAAAGCACGCCAUGAGUUUAUCAAAGCGACAGAGGAUUGGAGAAUUCAACAAAUUUAGAAGGGAAGGAAUCCUGUGCUACAACAAAGAGCAGGCACGGUCUGAAAAUCCUAUCUAUCAACGAGAAAGAAAAGGAUUGAAAUGGAAAAGUACAAAAUCGUGUGGCUCCUGCAAUGCCUUUAUUGCAACCAGAGGCUUUAGCAAACAUUUAAAAAGAUGUCAGAAAAAUCAUUGCCGCAGCAUUAUUAGUGUACCAACGUCAUUACUUUCCGUCCCGGAGAGUGAGGAUCUUGACGAGGAUUUUAAAACAAACAUACUAGCUAAAUUACGUGACAAUAAAGUGGGCAGAUUAUGUUGUAAAGAUAAACUAAUAUUGAAGGUUGGAUCUGUAUUUUAUUGGCGAACAAAGAGAAAAACAGACAAAGCUGCGCAAGUAAAGAAAACAGUUAGGCUGGAGAUGAGGCGAUUGGGACACCUUUAUUUGCAUUUCAAGGAGAGACCUGGACUCACUGCCCGUUACAACAAUGGUAAUGACAUGUUUUUAAGAUGUAAUUUUGAUGGUCUUAGAGAAGCCAUUGAUUUAUACUCGACAACCGAAGGUGGGAAAUUAAAGCCGGGUUUGAAACAAAAUCUACUGUAUUUGAUAAAGAGAUCAGCAAAGGUAAUGAAAGCUGUUUAUAUGGCUAAGUCUAUGGAUGACGAAGCUAAGGAAGUGGGGUCAUUCACUGAUGUCCUUGAACUAUGGGAAGAUUUUAUCUUUGGAGACUCGCAGUACGAACUAAAUAAGAGGCGCCAAAUAAACUUGCGGCGUCCAGAGAAUCUACCAAAUGAGGGUGAUGUGACAUUGGUGAGAAACGAAGUCGUUUCAACUAUAAAGUCCCUAACAAGUGACAAGUUUUUGCUUUUUGACGAAUCCAUGUUUGUUCGACUCCGAGAUAGUGGACGCGGCUUACAGUAUUAA